AUGAAUUUACAACCUGUAAGUUCUGGUUCAAUCAACAUGUCAGGAGAUAGUAAUCAGAACGGUCUCGAUCACUAUCUUAAUGAACUCAAUAAUUAGAAUUUGAUGUAAGUUAGGAGACCAAAUGAAGAGUAGAUAUUAGCUUUUAUUGAUUUUGAAGGAAUUAAACCAGAUCAAGCGAUCCAACACAAGACUUUUCCUGAUAGUCAUAAAGAAAACAAGAGUAAAGGAAGUAAGUCUUCUUAAUAGAUUCGACGGAAUAGUUUAGAUUUAUCUGAAGUAUCACCUUUGAAACAAUCUCUUAGGGAUGAUUUAAUACCUUGUGAUAGUCCAAAUAUAGAAUUAAAGAAAUUAGGGGAUCCAGAUGAUCAUAGAAAAAGUAAAACUGUGAUUAGUCCAGCGAUUUAAUCAUCCAAAUCUCCAAAAAGAAAAAGUAAACAUUUCUCAAAAAUAUUUUCGAAAAUAACUAAUAGAAUGCAUUUGGCUAAAAAAUUCAUACAAAAAAUAAAGUUAUUAUCACCAUUUGCAAAGAAAAUUUAGAAAUAACAAUUGUAAUUAAUUUAGGAUUUGAGUUCAGAUAUCAACAAUUGCAAUGAGAAAUAUAACAAUAAUAGUUUUAUUAGGAUUCAUGAUAAAUCUAAAUAAAAAAAAGUAUUGAAGAGAAUUGAGAGUAUGAAAGCAUUUAUUGCACUUAAGACAUAUUUUAGUGUUUGUAAAAUUUAAGUGAUUUUUGAUAAGUUAAAAAAUGAAACAAUAGAUCCUCAAGGAAAUUUUUUAUUUAUUUGGGAGUUAUUAAAGUUUUUUAUGACUUUAGCAUCUUUAUUUCAAUUAUCAAUUCAAAUAUGUUUCAAUUUAGAUGUUUUGAAUUGGUUUUUCAUUUCUGAAAAAGAAAAUUCCUAAAUUAUUCUAAUUAUGAUGUUUAUAUAUUAUUCAUUUGAUAUAGUUUUAGGAUUUAGAACAGGAUACUAUGAAAAUGGAGAAGUAGUUACAAAAUAAUAAAGAGUUGCUAGAAGAUAUUUAAGGAAAUACUUUUUUGUUGAUUUAAUAUCAAUAAUACCAAUAUUCGUCAAUAUAAUUUUAAUAUAAUCAUUUGAAACUGAUAAUACAAUAAUAAAAAUAGUGAAUUGUUUAUCAUUUCUAAGAUCUAAUGCAUUAAAUAGAGUAUAUCAUUCGUUAGAAGGAAGAUUAUUAAGUAAUCCAAGGUUCGUUAUUGGAUAUCGUUUUUUGAGUGUGAUAGGAACAGUAUUUUUAUAUGCCCAUGUAUUUGGAUGUCUAUGGUAUGUAGUAGCAUAAAACAAUUAAAAUAAUUGGAUUAAUAAAGCAGGAAUAGUUGAAGAUUCUUGGUUCGCUCUUUAUAGUUAUUCAAUCUAUUGGUCCGUUAUGACUAUGACUACAGUAGGAUAUGGAGAUUUGACACCAGCUAAUCAUGAAGAAGCUUUAUUUUGUGUUUGUACUAUGUUUAUUGCAAGUGUUGUCUUUGCAUAUUCAAUCAAUACAAUAGGUAUGAUCAUUACUGAAAUGAAUAAGUUUGAUGAGAAAAUCAAUGAAAAUAUGGCUAUCAUAAAUAGAUAUAUGUAAAGAAAGAAUUUCGAAUAAUCAUUGCAAUUUAGAGUGAGAUAAUACUUAUAGAAUUUGUGGACAUAAGAAGAAAAGUUUCGAAUUGUUGAUGAAAAUAAAAUUAUUAAUUGUUUAAGUCCAAAUUUAAAAGAAGAAAUAUAAAUUUGUUUAUAUGGUUAAUUCAUUACUAGCAUUCAUAUAUUCUAUAGAUAUUUUAGUUAAGAAUGUUUACUAGAUUUGACUAAAAGUGUUCAAGAAUACAGAGUGGCUCCAAAUUCUUAUGUCAUUGAAAAUGGAACUCAUGAUGGGAUUGCAUUAUAUUAAUUAGUUAGUGGAGAAGCUGAGAUGUUUGUAGAUCUCUAAGACAGAAAAUAUUAUAUAGGAAAAAUGAAAUAAGGAGACAUAUUUGGACAUGGUCCAUUCUUUAUGAACAAUGUGCAUCCAUACAGUAUUAAAACUGAUACAGCAUGUUCUUUUUCUUACUUAUCUAAGUAAAUGUUUUUAGACAUACUUCAAUCUCACCCUGGUGAUUAUGUAAUAUAUUAUGUAAAAUAGUAAACUUAUAGAAUGAUCAUCGAUUAAUGGACAUUCCAAAAUUAGAAAUUAGAUUUGGGGGUUAAAUGUUUGGGAUGUGGAGAAACUGAUCAUGACAUAGAUUAAUGUCAUAGAUUACAUUUAAUCAUCAACAAAUAGAUUUUAUUAACAAAACAUUUGUUUUCAGUUCCAAACAAAAGAAUUUUAUUUCAUCGUAAUAGUAGAAGAACUACUAAUGCUAAAUUUGGAUAAAGAUUAUUUGAAGAUGCUGUUUCUUUAUUUUAAGAAAAUAAUUACUCUUUUUCCUCUGAAGAAGAGGAACCUAAUCCUAGUCAAAUUGAAAGAACUCACUAAACCAAACAAACUCAAGAUAUUAGAUAUUAAGAACCUACUCAUAAUACUCAUAGAUCAUAACAAUAACAAUAAUAAUAAUAAUAAUAACAUUAAUAAUCAAAAAAUGUCAGAUUUAGGAAAAGAUCAAGAUCUUUAAAUUCUAUUAGUGUUCAUUCAGAUGAGGAAUCUAAAUUUCAGAAAUCCAUAUCUGGAUAUAAAUCUAAUGACUCUUAAAUUGAUAAAAUUAGUGGUAUUCCAGUUAAGGUAUAAUAAUUACCCAGUUCUUAAUUAUCAUAGAGUUCUUUUAAUGUAUUUUUGAAAGAGUAUCCAAAAAGAAAAAUAUCAAAAUAAUAAGAUUCUGAUAAAUAUUCUAAUCAUUCUAUUGGAUAAAGAUAAUAGCAAUAAUAAUAGUAGUAGUAAUAAUAGCAUUAUUAAUAAUAAUAAUAUUAACAUAAAUCAAGUAGUCAAUCAAGUAGUGGGAAUAUCCCUUAGAGUAGUAUUGGAAUUUCUCCUAUACCAACUGGGUCUCCACCUUUACUUUAUUAAGAAGACAAAUAAACAUUUUAAAAAGGAGUUGUAGAGGAUAGUUUAUUUGUUGCGUAAGAAAGAAAAAAGAAAUCUUUGAUUGGUACUAGUUAUACAAAUACAAAAUCUAUAAAAAAUCCACUUUAAGCUAUACCAUCUGUUAGUGAAAUGAAUGAGACUGAGAAAAAUAAUAAUAAUUUAAAGGAAGGUUCAUAUACUUCUAAAUAAUUAUCUAUGUAAAGUAGAUCAAGAAGUUAGAGAUACACAAUUUCAAUCAGAACAGAGAGUUAAAAAAUUAGAGAAGACACUAAACAUGAUACAACUCAAAAACAUGAUUUCAAGAUAAAAACUGAUACUUAUAAAUAAUAUCAUGAGAAUAGUCCAUUAAAUGAGGAAUAAUUUCAUAAUACAUUUGAAUAAGCAUGUAAUUUAAAUUCCUACUAUCCUUAAUAUAAUAAGGAUAGAAUAAUAGAAAAAUAUAAAAGAUAAUAAUAUAGAAAAAAUAACUACUGA